GUUGGGGCUGAGCUCAAGUUGGGGACCGCGGUCAAUUCGAGUGAACUCUUGGCAAGUCCACCGAUGAGCUCUGCCCGGCCAAGAUGGACAAGUCUCAGGCCACCCCUCGCUUCUCCCAGCCGCCCCCCACCCCCAGCCCCGACCUGAAGUCCUGGCCGAGUCCAGCUGCUCCUCCUCCCGCCUGGAGCUAGGGCCACCAUAGUGACUUUAGGGCUGGCUUCUCCAGCCUCCCUGCCUCUUCAGCCCGUCCAGACUCUGCAGACACAAAUCUGCAAAGCCGUAGUGCCCCCCAACCCCCGCAGGGAGGUGACCUCACCUCCCUGCCCUCAUCACAGCGGCGUGACUACACCUGCCUCCUCGCUGGAACCCAGGACCAGACAGGAGGACGGGUGUCCGCGAGCAGGCUCUCACCGACCCGGGGUUGAUGGCGGGUGAUGACAGAGAUGCUGAUGCUGCCCUGCCUUCCAGGCACGUGUACGGGAAAGACCAGACACCUUCAGUUCAGUUCAGUCGCUCAGUCGUGUCCGACUCUGCGACCCCAUGAAUUGCAGCACGCCAGGCCUCCCUGUCCGUCACCAGCUCCUGGAGUUUACCCAAACUCAUGUCCAUUGAGUUAGUGAUGCCAUACAGACACAAGGCCCAGGGGAAAGCCUCCUCCUCCAGGAAGUCUUCCUGCCAGAAAUGAUAUUUUCUCUCCCACGCUCCCUCCUGGAACUAACUGCCCGGAAGCCCUGUCCCACCCCUGGCUGGACACAAAGGUGGUGUCCAAGAAAUGUGUGCAAACGUAUCCCCAGACAACAUCUGGCUCCAGAAAUGUCAGACAGAGCUGGGAAGGAGAAGGACUUCUUCCCCAGGAGGUGUCACUAAGGUAUCAGCAGCAGGGUGAAUGAGGAACCGCUCCCCGGGGAAGGAGGGGGCAGUGCACACAGAUGCCACCUGCUCUGGACUCAGCAGGAAGCCCCGUGCCUCCCACAAGGCCCUGCCUCUGGGGAACCAGAGGAUGGCUCAUGAACCUGCCCUCCAAGGGGACAGCCCUACGGGCCUGGGGAGGGGUCUGCCCGGGCGUGGAGGACACCGCCCCCCUGAUGCGACCCUUUCUGCCGCGCACAGUGGGUUGUGCAGGCCGGUGAGCUGUGAGCGGACCCUUGAGGAACGUGGACUGGCCAGGCCUGGAGAUGGCCGGAAACUGCUCCUGGGAGGCCCACCCCACCAACUGGAACAAGAUGUGUCCCGGCGUGAGCGAGGCCCCCGAGCUCUAUAGCCGCGGUUUCCUGACCAUCGAGCAGAUCACCAUGCUGCCGCCUCCGGCCGUCAUGAACUACAUCUUCCUGCUCCUCUGUCUGUGCGGCCUGGUGGGCAACGGGCUGGUCCUCUGGUUUUUCGGCUUCUCCAUCAAGAGGAGCCCCUUCUCCAUCUACUUUCUGCACCUGGCCAGCGCGGACGUCGGCUACCUCUUUAGUAAGGCUGUGUUCUCCAUUCUGAACACGGGGGGCUUCCUGGGCCCCUUUGCCGACUACGUCCGCGCAGUGUCCCGGAUCGUGGGGCUCUGCAUGGUCCUCACCGGCGUGAGCCUCCUGCCAGCCAUCAGCUCGGAGCGCUGCCUGUCGGUCAUCUUUCCCGCCUGGUACUGGCGCCGUCGGCCCAAGCGCCUGUCGGCCGUGGCAUGCUCCCUGCUCUGGGCCCUGUCGCUGCUGGUCACCUGCGUCCACAACUACUUCUGCGUGUUCCUGGGCCGCCAGGCGUCCGGGGCAGGCUGCAGGCACAUGGACGCCUUCUUGGGCAUCCUGCUCUUCCUGGUCUUCUGCCCGCUCAUGGUGCUGCCCUGCCUAGCGCUCAUCCUGCACGUGGAGUGCCGGGCCCGGCGGCGCCAGCGCUCGGCCAAGCUCAACCACGUCACCCUGGCCGUGGUCUCGGUGUUCCUUGUGUCCUCCAUCUACUUGGGCAUCGACUGGUUCCUCUUCUGGGUCUUCCGGAUCCCGGCGCCCUUCCCCGAGUACGUCACCGACCUGUGCCUCUGCAUCAACAGCUGCGCCAAGCCCGUGGUCUACUUCCUGGCCGGCAGGGACAAGUCGCAGCGCCUGUGGGAGCCUCUCAGGGUGGUCUUCCAGCGGGCCCUGCGGGACGGGGCAGAGCCGGGGGAGGCAGGAGGUGGCACGCCCAACACGGUCACCCUGGAGAUGCAGUGUCCCUCGGGGAACGCCUCCUGAGAGGCCGGGCGCCUGCAGGCGAGGCCGGGCCCACGUGGCCUCCAGAGACCCUUGACAGAGGGACACGAGCUGGCAGCAGCCCUGGGGCCCAAGCGCAGGGAGAAAGCUGCUUCUGCCUGCGAGCCGCCUUCUCCCAGGGCACAGGCUCCCCUGGGAAGUGGGGAGCGAGACGGACAGCCCCCUGUGACCCUGCCAGGCUCCCCCGGCCACCCCCUCCUUCCCUGAGCCGCAGUACAGAAGUCGCCCCCAGGCCGCGGGCUGGGUGUGGGGCUCCUUCUGGCCCCAGGGUGAUCCGGAAGGGAGAGGAGGGCGUCACCCAGCCCUGUCCACCUUCUGCCCCGUGGUGAGGCAGCCCUCCCCUAGAAGGACUCGGCCUGCACCAUCGCCCAUUGGGCCAGCAGCUUCCUCCUGCCGUGAAGACACCUCCUGGCUCCGUUCAUCCUCUUAAGGUGACCCUGCGAGCAGACGGCCACGAAAGGGCACUGCGGGGGAGAGCUGCCCCUUAACCAUCUCGGGGUCCCGUCUUUCUGCAGAUGACGUUCCCGCCUCUGGGGAGCCCUUGGCGGCCCAAAUGGCGGGUCUUCUGUCCUGCUGGGUAGCUGGACACAGAAAGGAGCCGCAGCCGGCUUGAGUGACUCGCUCUC